CUCACGCAAAGCUUUAAUAGAAGAAGGAAGACGAGGAGGAUUUGGAGUUCUUGGCCAAGAUUCGUGAGAUUUUUUUAUUCCAAGAUCCACACACAAUGCAGUCGCUCCAAGACCGAGCGUCGGAGUUGAGUGGAGUGAGUCAAGACGAUGCAUUCGAGAUUGAUGAGAUCAAUCUCUACAAGAAGCUGGGACACGAGACCUUCGUCAAGCUCUCCACGAAUUUUUACAACAGGGUCUACGCCGAUGACGAAGAGUGGUUCCGCUCGAUCUUUGCGAAUUCCUCCAAGGACGCCGCCAUCCAGAACCAGUACGAGUUUUUCAUCCAGAGAAUGGGAGGCCCUCCAUUAUAUUCUCGUCGCAAAGGACAUCCUGCUUUGAUCGGACGCCAUGGACCGUAUCCAGUGACCGAGCGAGCAGCGGAAAGAUGGAUCGAGCAUAUGGUCGCAGCUCUCGACAGCGUGGAAGAAAUCGAUGCGGAUUCAAAGAAACGAAUGCUCAAGUUUUUCCGGCACACCGCAUUUUUUCUCGUGGCUGGCAAAGAGAUGAUGGCUAAUCGCCGAGGAUAAAGAACAGGUUUUUUUUAUAAACUCUGGACUAACGAGCCAUUGUUUCACACCUGGUCUUCUCUACAGUAGAACACCGGGAAUCAAUGAAGUAGUUAUUUACUCGACAAA